CCAACGGUGUCACUCGCCUCCGCAGAAGAAGAACAAACUUCCGGCCAAGGAGCGCCCUUUGGUUGUGUUCCUCGGCGCAGUUUGCCAGACGUUCAUGCGAUAAAGGAGUCUUAAUUCAUGGGAUAAAAGAGUCUUUAUCGCUCACUUUAGAGCCGCAGAGCCCCCGCGAGCGUCUGGAUGUACAACUUGGAUGUUAAAGGAGCUUCUUGAUGCACAACUUGGAUGUUAAAGGAGCAAAGGAUGUCGGUGGUGUUUGACGGGAGUCCUCUGAAAGCCAUGCAGAGCUCACACACUCACACUCUACUCAGUGGCCAGGAGCUGUCUCAGGAGAUCAAGUCCUUCAUCAGUGGCGUGGACACGGUCCAGGGUCGCAAGCUCAGUGUGCGAGAACACGCCCGCUGCGCCGUGCGUCUGCUGCGCUCCGUCCCGGCCUGUCGAGGAGCCGUGCUGGAGCACCUGAGGGGCGUCUAUGACGAGCACGUCAACCUCUUUCUGCACACCCUGGAGACGGAGAGUGAUGGAGCUUCUGGCAUCAGCUUCAACCUGGAGGACAUCAUUCAGGAGGUUCAUGGCGUGCUGUCGGAGUUCAUUCGCCUCAACCCGCGGGCUUGGGCCCCUCUGGUGUCCAGCUGGGCUGUGGACUUGCUGGGUCAGCUGAGCAGCAAGCAUGCCGGCCGAAGGGUGGCCCCCCACUCCUCCAGCCUGAACGAGCUUCUCCAGCUGUGGAUGUCCUGUGCCGCCACUCGUUCCCUCAUGGAGGCCUACUCUCAAUGCUUGGCGGCCAUGCUGGCCUGGUGCCCCGACGCCUGUGUGGACGCACUGUUAGACACCUCUGUGCUGCACUCGCCGCAUUUCGACUGGGUGGUGGCUCAUAUCGGCUCCGCCUUCCCCGGGACGAUCAUCAGCCGAGUCCUGGCCUGUGGGCUGAAAGACUUCUGCUCGUACGGCGCCAAGGACCAAGGGCUGGUAGUGAACGGAGUGGACAAAGGCAGCAAGGUGCCAAAGAUCGGCUCGGUGGUGGGAAUCCUGGGACAUCUGGCGGCACACCACUCGGACAGCAUACGGAAAGAGCUGCUCAGGAUGUUCCAGGAGAGCCUGAGCCCUUCCAGUCCCUUGUCCCCGACUUCAUCCUCCAGCUCCUGGGAAGGUUCCCCUCAGCUGCGUUGUGCUGCAGUACCAUUUCUCCUGCAGCUCGCUGCCAUGUCCCCGAACCUCUUUGGUGCCGUGUCUGCUGAGCUGGUGGAGCUGCUGCGGCCUCCACUCCUGCUGCAGCUGCACAGUUUGCUGCAGGGGCUCCCCAGAGAAGAGCUGGACAACAUGCUGGGCCUGGCCGUCCACCUCAUAUGCCAAAGCCCAUCAGGGGGAGCUCGGGUCCUGCGCUUCCUGGCGGACACGGCCACGCCGGCCUCGGUCAUCAUCUCCGGUCCCACGCCGUCCCCGCACGAAGGUGUGCGAGAAGGCUGCGACAGCCUGCUGCAGAUGCUACUCUUGCACCUCCACAAGCUUGUGUACAACCGCGCAGAAGGGGCCGACGGCCACCCGCAUCACUCCCAUCAGCCGCAGAUCGUCAUCCCAUUCUUGGAGGAGCUGCAGACGCACGUGGGCGAGCUGUGUGCCGAGACGCUGAGGCUGGAGAGAAAGCGCCACGUCUGGCUGCAUCAGCUCCUCUGCCUGCUGUCCGUGUACGGAGGUCCCAGCGUGGCCACAGAAGCUCUCUGUCAGCUCCUCACUCAGGCCCGCAACCCAGAGGAGCUGGCCCUGGCCUGGCAGCUUCACAACAACCUCUCGUCCUGCAUGGCGGGCCUGGUUGCAGCCGCCGUGGCUCACUGCGUGGCCCAGAUCCACACGCACAUCCUGGGACCGCGGCAGCUGAGGCAGCUGCUGCUGAACCUGGCCACCGUCAUCCAGAGUCAAGAUGAAGACAGAAGAGGAACAGCAGAUGCUCAGUCCACAAUGGCUGUCCAGGCGGGGUCCGCCGUCUCCCUGCACCUCCAUGAUUUCAGCCCACUCCUCCUCCACGGCGACCCGGCGGUAUCCCACGCCUCUGCGCGACUCCUGUCCGCCAGUCCGCUCCCUCGCGCCUCCUCCCCGGCACACCUGCUUCUGCUCUCACGGGCCGCCGUCGCCCAUUUCUUUCUGGCUCUUCGGCGGCGAGGGGAAGCGGGGAAGGUGAGGACAGACGGCGUGCAAUCGGCCGAAGCCGUGAGCUGCUCAGUGCAGUUGCUGUCCCGUUUUGCCGCGUACUCGCCCCUCACUCUCAAGGCGGUGCUGCAGCAGCUGGUGGAGGGAGUGCUGCAUAAAGGCAACGUCCACCUCUUCGGAGGGCAGAUUGCAGACAUGGCCGGCGCUCCUGUGCCAUCACACUCAGGAUCCCCCGAUGUCGGCGCCUCCCUCUUGGAUAUCAACUGUCGUUUCGGGACGACGGUCAACUUCUCAGGAAGCGUGUGGUCCGUUUUCCACGCCGGGGUGAUCGGCAAGGGACUGAAGACUCCAACAGACGUACCUCAGCCUGACCCGUCAGGCGUCAUCCAGAACAUCCAGACUCUGCUGACUGUCGUGGUCCAGUGUUGCAGCUCCUCGGGUCUCAGCGGCUCACGGACGCCGUCAGACCCCGACGAGCCCCAGCCCAUCAACGCCGAGGCAGCCAAAGUGGUCGCCGUCACCCUGGUGGAGAACGUGUGUCCGGACGUGGCCAACGGGGAGCUGUCCUGGCCUCCAGAGGACCACGCCCGCACCACGGUGGAGCGAGACAUUCACAUCCGCCGCUGCUUCGAGGCCCACCCUGUGCUCUUCCCCCUGCUUCAGGUGGUGGCAGCAGGGCGCCCGGCUCUCUGCUACUGCUCGGCCAUGCUGCGAGGCCUCCUGGCCACCCUGCUGGCCCACUGGGAGGCGUGUCGCGGGGCCUCAUCCACGGACUCCUGGUGGCACCUGCAGGCCUCCUGCCUCCUGGUGUCCUGCAUGGGAGAGGGCCAGCUCCUGCCUCCUGUGCUGGCCAACGUCCACGAGGCCUUUCCGCACCUUGCUCCCUUCGAGGUGCGCCUGCUGCUCCUGGCGGUCUGGGAGUAUGUGAGGGCCAACGGUCCCAUGCCUCAGAAGUUCAUCUUCAACCCAGAGAAAGGUCUGUUCUGCAGGGAUUUCUCUCGGGACGGUGACGUGGCGCGAUACGUGUCGCCCAUCCACAGUGUCCUGCACAAGAACAUUGACAGACUGGGACACCUGUGCUGGAGGUUUCAGCUCUGAGACAUUGCUUCAUGACUCCAGG